CACCAACAUGAAAUAAAAGAGGCCCAUCCCCCUUCAAUUCCCAUCAUUCCUUGUACGUAGACACUCAAUGGGAGCACUCGAUAUACGAACACCGGCCCCCACCGCCGACCCAGAAAAACACAUCCCGUCGGCCGACGAAGAUGUCGACGAAGAGGAGCUCUCACCCGUCGAGGAAGUCCGGCUAACCGUGGCCAACACCGACGACCCAAGCCUCCCCAUAUGGACCUUCAGGAUGUGGUUCUUGGGGUUAAUCUCCUGCGCCCUCCUCUCCUUCCUCAACCAGUUCUUCGCCUACCGGACGGAGCCUCUAAUCAUAACCCAAAUCACCGUCCAGGUGGCCAGCCUCCCCGUCGGCCGCUUCAUGGCAUCCGUUCUCCCGGAGACCAAGUUCCGGGUACCCGGGUUCGGGUCCCGGACUUUCUCGCUCAAUCCGGGUCCGUUCAACAUGAAGGAGCACGUGCUCAUUUCCAUCUUCGCUAAUGCUGGGAGUGCAUUCGGAUUCGGGUCGGCAUAUGCUGUUGGUAUCGUUACCAUAAUCAAAGCCUUCUACCACCGGAAAAUCUCGUUUCUUGCCGGUUGGCUUCUAAUCACCACUACGCAGGUAUAUGGAUACGGUUGGGCUGGGCUAUUGAGAAAGUACGUGGUGGAAUCGGCGAAUAUGUGGUGGCCGGGCACUCUUGUUCAGGUUUCAUUGUUCCGGGCUUUGCAUGAACGUGAAAAGGAGCAGCGAAUGUCAAGGGCAAAGUUCUUCCUAAUUGCAGUGAUUUGCAGCUUCUCAUGGUACCUGUUUCCUGGGUACCUGUUCACAACACUAACAAACAUAUCAUGGGUGUGCUGGGUAUUCUCCAAAUCAGUCACAGCUCAGCAGAUCGGCUCUGGCAUGAGAGGCCUUGAAGUGGGAGCUGUGACACUUGACUGGGCUGCUGUUUCAUCUUUCUUGUUCAGCCCCCUCAUCGGCCCUUUCUUCUCCAUUGUCAACAUUUUUGCAGGCUACAUAUUGAUAGUCUACAUUGCAAUCCCUACAGCAUACUGGGGGUUUGACUUGUACAAUGCAAGUAGAUUUCCUAUUUACUCUUCAGACUUGUUUACAGCAGUAGGACAAAAAUACAACAUAUCAGCCAUUGUAAAUGACAAGUUUGAACUCAACCAAGCGACGUAUACGGACCAAGGACGGAUUCACUUGAGCAUGUUUUUCCCUCUCACAUAUGGAUUUGGAUUCGCCACAAUCGCAUCCACCCUCACCCAUGUGUUACUCUUCUAUGGCAGGGAAAUUUAUGAGCGGUAUCAUGCUUUGUAUCGGGGUAAGGAGGAUAUUCAUACCAAAUUGAUGAGGAGAUACAAGGACAUACCUUCCUGGUGGUUCUACUUGUUGCUUGCUGUGACACUUGCAGUUUCCUUUGUACUCUGCAUAUUUUUAAAUGACCAAAUUCAGAUGCCAUGGUGGGGGCUCCUCUUUGCCGGAACCAUGAACUUCACCUUCACUCUUCCAAUCAGCAUCAUAACUGCGACAACAAACCAGACACCGGGGCUAAACGUUAUCACAGAGUACGCAAUGGGUCUAAUAUACCCAGGAAGACCAAUAGCCAAUGUGUGCUUCAAAACCUAUGGUUAUAUGAGCAUGGCUCAGGCUGUCUCCUUCCUCAGUGACUUCAAGCUAGGACAUUACAUGAAGAUUCCUCCAAGAUCAAUGUUUUUGGUUCAGUUCAUAGGAACUCUGGGAAACUAUGCAGCGAUGAAUUGGUUCUUCCUUGGAGGUGCAAUAGGGCCAGUUAUUGUUUGGCUGCUUCAUAAGACAUUCCCUGGGCAAUCAUGGAUUCCCUUGAUUAGCCUCCCAGUCCUCCUCGGAUCAGUAGGAAUGAUGCCACCGGCAACACCCUUGAACUACAAUGCCUGGAUUAUAGUUGGAACAUUUUUCAAUUUCUACAUCUUCCGCUACCGGAAGCAAUAGUGGCAGAGGUACAAUUAUGUUCUUUCAGCAGCACUGGAUGCUGGGGUGGCUUUCAUGGGUGUGCUAUUGUACUUAUCACUGGGCUUGGAAAACAAAAAUGUGUCCUGGUGGGGUACUGACGGUGAACAUUGUCCAUUAGCAACAUGUCCAACAGCCAAGGGCAUAGUGGUUGAUGGUUGUCCAGUGACCUAAUAUCUGUAUGCUUCUGUUAUAGAUCAUUUCCCUCUAAUGUUGCACAACAUAUUAGUAGCAAUUACAAUGAUACUACACACAAAGUGGAGGGAAUUUCAUGCUUUGUAGGGAUUUAUAAUGUUUCAUGUAAAUUAUCUUUCAAAUCAUAUAUAUAUAUUUGGUACUUGU